AUGUUGCGGUCCACGAUCUCACUUUUUUGCCAUCAGUAUGAUAUAGAUGCACAUCUUAUUAUAGAGGUCACUUACAACCCUGAGGAGAAGCAUGAGCUGUUACAGUACAAACAGAUACUCGACGCAGAAAGUGAGGUUUCUGAUCAGUUGAGGUUUGCCAAGGCCGAAAAACACACCGUUGAUUCAUGGAGUUUGGCCUCUACUAACAACCACGAUUGGGAAUGUUCCGAUCCGAAAUUUCAUUGGGAUGAGGACGUCAAAAACGCUUUCCCGAAUAUUUUUAGUAUCAAAGGUCCGAGAAUGAUGCAGAGGUCCGCCAUCAAUGCCACCAUGUCACUGGAAGAUGUCUUUCUUAUCAUGCCAACCGGAGCGGGUAAAAGUCUGGUCUACCAAUUGCCUGCAGCGCUCGACGGAGUGAAUGGCGACGGAUUAACGCUGGUGGUGUCACCGUUGUUGUCUCUCAUAGAGGACCAAGUGUACCAGAUGCGGCAAAUAAAUGUGGCCGCGGCAGGGCUUUCCUCAAUCUCGAGCAAGGAAGAAAUAUCUCACACGUAUGCUGAUAUGGAUGCUCUGAUGUUGCCAAAUAAGGGCAAGGCUUCUGAUGAGGGUACCGACCAUUCGAGGGCUUCGCUGUGUAUGCUGUACGUCACACCGGAGCGUAUAGCGAAAAGCAAGCGCUUGCUGAAUAAGCUGGAAAAAUUGCACGCCGCAGGGAAACUACGGCGGAUCGUCAUAGACGAAGCACAUUGUUGCUCGCAAUGGGGUAACGACUUCCGACCGGACUACAAACAACUGGGUAUUCUGCGCGUGCAGUUCCCAAAAGUGCCGAUUAUCGCCGUCACAGCCACUGCCACGCAGACGGUGUGGAGGGAUGUAGUGUCAAUCCUGCGCAUACCCAAGUGUGUGACCUUCCGGGCCCCCAUCGAACGACCGAAUCUAAGAUAUACUGUGGUGAAAAAGUUGGGGACCGGCAACGAAUCCUUUGAGCAAGUCGGACAUUUUAUUUUGACGGAUCACAUGAGUCACUGCGGUAUAGUAUACUGCCUGUCGCAGCGUGACACUGAGGCCAUGGCUCUGUACCUCCGACAGAUAGGGAUCAAGGCCGCACAUUAUCAUGCAUACAUGCCCCCAGAGUAUCGCAAGGACGUCCAUGAGAAGUGGUUGCGUGAUCGCAUCAGUGUGCUGUGUUGCACUGUUGCUUUCGGCAUGGGCAUUAACAAGAAGGAUGUGAGAUAUGUCAUACACCACAGCCUGUCCAAGUCGGUCGAGAACUACUACCAAGAAUCGGGCCGAGCGGGGCGAGAUGGAGAGACCGCUGAUUGUGUAUUGUUGUACAGGGGUGCGGAUCUCAUUAAACAGUCCACGAUGGUUUUUGCGGAAGCCACGGGUUUGUCAAAGCUAUAUUCGCUUGUGCGAUACUGUGCAGAGGCAAGGGUGUGCAGACAGAUACAGCUUAAGCAAUACUUUGGCCAAGAACUGGAUGAAGAUUUCAAAAUCGAGUCGGGAAUUGAUACUCAGCACUGCAGGACAACGGCUGUGUGUGAUAUUUGCGCAUCGAAAGACCAACCGCUUUUGGAGAGGGAUGUAACACCAGAUGCCAAGUUGGUGUGUGUUCUGCUCAAAGCAGUAGCCAAUCACGGCGAACGGACGACUUUUGCGAAACUGGUGGAUCUGUGGAGAGGUCUUGGGAGAAAGAAGCUGAUGGGCUCGGUGAAAUUAGAUACAGCUCCUAAAGAGUACACCAAAUCAUACUGCGAGAGGGUUUUAACCUACCUUCUGCUCGAGGGUGUUCUGAAGGAGGAUUUUGCCCACACGCCGUACAGUACUAACUCGUAUCUGGUCACAGGUCCCAAAGCACAGCUGGUGGAGCGAGAGCUCACACACAUAGUUAUGUCUGUACGAAACGAAUCGCCAGACACGGCGUUGUCCGUGGGUGAGAUGGGAGACGUUGGGAAAAGGAGUGCCGAUGAUGGCAGUACAACCACAGCAGUCAGGAAAAAAGCCAAAAAAAGGUAGCUUUGGAUAAACGGACGAUAUUUAGGGCCACAGUCGCUGGAAAAAGAGGUGUUGGCAGAACAGAAGAAAGAAAGAGCUAUAUAUCCGUAGCUGCGUAGCUGUACAUGACGAUUCGAAUUUGGUCCUAUACGACGUCCUAACGCCCUAACUAUGGCGACGACAGUUUAGCAGUCCAAAAAAAAUAGAGCCAAAGUCGCCGGAACAAUCAACCGCAUACGAACGUACGGAAACCAAAAUGCUAUGCACGCUGCUCGGAACCAGUGCAUCUUUGGGCCUACUUUACAUAGAAGUAAUUGGGGAGUAGAAAGGCAGAAACUGAGCCGUUACAUGCGCAAGACAGGCAGUAGGUUAUACUUCCCACAUUUGCAGUAGCUCAUACUGCCAAUGGCCGUGAAUGCUGUUGUUUUGUUGGGAUCGCAUCUACUUCCAGUUAUCCUGCUUCUGAGUGCGCCAGUGAGCUGCCCUAUGUACACCAAUAGCGAGUCAUCUAUCGGGCUACUACAGUCCC